GUGACAAAACUAGUAACAAUAAAUGGAAAUAAAUUUAUGUUAACCUAUAUAUUUUUUAUUAUUAUGAAUUUUAAUUUUUUAAAAAUAAUAAUCGAGCUUUUAAAUAUUAUUAGUAUCGGAGUGGUCACAUUCACUGUCUAAGCCGGCCCGGCUUAUGACGUACGAGACACUGACGAUAUAAUAUAUGUUGAAUUCUGAAGACACAUGCUUUCGUCAGGGUGUUUUCUUUUAAUUAACUCUAUAUACUUUAGUCGACAAGCCGAAACGUAAAUAAAUGCCUAUAAAGCCAGAAAACAUAUUAAUUAAGUGUUAGUGAUGUUUUAACUUUUAAGAAGCAUAUUGAUCGUGUCGUAUUAUCGGACCUGUCAGUUGUCACUACUGGGUUUAUAGGUAGCCGUACGUGCAUAUUCAAGUCUUUGUUAACAUAUAAAUAUAACCAUUAACACCAAAUUAGUUGGUGUUGUCUUGUGAUGACUAGUGACUUAUAGACCAUUUUUAUGGGGAAUUUUUGAGUGAGUGUUUCAUUAAUCAAAAAGAAGAAAUAUUAAAAAGUAGUAGAGAAGGAGAGAACAAUUUCUUAAAUGAGAAAAUAUAAAACUUAUGAGAAGUUAUAGAAAAAUUUAUCCUUUUAUUACUGACAUAUUUUAAGAGAAUUUAUAAUUUAAUCCUAUCCAAAUUAUUAUAACAUACUGCUAAAUUUACGAAAGAGAUUUUCAUUAGUUUUUCAACAAUGAAAAUGUUUUUAUUAAGCAUAUUUCUGUAGUGUUGUGUUGCAGAUUUUAUUCAAAAAUUUAAAGCAACAUAAGUUUGAUGUUAAAUAAAAAAUUUGAUUAGACGAAUAAGCAAGAUCCUUUAUUAAUAUAUUGGAACUAUUUUAUCAAUUAUUUUAAAAUUGUGCUAACAUAACUAAAAAGCUAUACAAUUUUUUUGGAAACAAAUAUUGAUAACGAUAGUUUCUUUAAUAAUAUGAUAUUUUGACUAAAACCUUAAAUUAUUAAUUGGAUACACACCAUUAUUUUAGUAGGAAAACAAUAACAUUUGAAAGUAAGUGAUUGUCUUCUAGCAGUUGAAUCAAGAUGGUAUAUAUAUAUUUCUAAAACAGGUUGGUGAAAAUUUUGAUCAAUAUAUAUGUCUGAACCAUAGCCUGAAUCCCACUAGCUAUAGAUCUCCAUUGUUAGAUUUUCAUUUUCCCAUUGUAGAUGCUUUAAGCAGCAAAAACAGAUGUAUGAAUUUAUUCGCUUGCAAACCUUGGACGAUGGAUUCUAUAAUUUUUUGCACUUAAUCAUUCAUAUUCACCCUAAUAACAGAAUUAGUUUUAUUUCCUUCUUACUCUAUAUACUGAGUAUCACACAUUUAUAUAAUUGAUUUUGUUUUUAUAAAUUAAUUGAACGAAAAUUAUUUUUGUCUUUUUUGAAAUCAUAGAUUCGUUUUUGAAAACCAACAUCUCGUAAAAUGAGAAAAAGUUUUAGUCAGACAUUUUUAUGGUAACCCAACUUGUGACAUUGAUAUAAAUUGUGUUUUUUCAAAAAAAGACAUUGAUAUAAAUUAUUACUAAUAUUAAUAUUAAAAUAAACUUAGUAUUUAGAAUAAAUCAUAUUAAUAUCAUUAAUUAGAUUAAAAAUGACUGUUGACAAAUAGAAUUAAAUCAAUGUUAUUUUUUGGUAAUAUAAUUUAUGAUUUUAAUAUGAUAUAAAUACUUAAUUUAUUUUAAAUUUAAUAUUAAUAAUAAUUUCUAUCAGUGUCACAAAUUGAGUAACCAAAAAUGUCUAACUAAAAUAACUUUUCUCAUUUUACAAGACAUUAUUUUUCAAAAACAAAUUUAUGAUUUCAGAAAAGACAUAAGUAGUUUUUCUUCAAUUAAUUUAUAAAAAAUCCAUUACAUAAAUGUUUGAUACUCAUUAUAUAGAGUAAGAAUGGAAGAAAAUUAAAUUAUGUUAUUAGGCUGAAUAUGAAUGAUUAAGUACAAAAAAUGUAGAAUCCAUCGUCCAAGGUUCCAAGCGAAUAAAUUCAUUCAUAGUUAACACCCAUUGUUUUUUUUAUGUUUGAACACACUAUAUUUUUUCACUUUGGUAUUUAUAGCAGUUUUGUAUGAAUCGAAUGUUAGUUUUGCAUGUUGAAAUAUCUUAAAUAUGGUAGUUGUUUAAGGAAGUAGAGGUUGGAAAGGUUGCAUCCCUCUUAAACAAUUUUCAAGAUAUUUCUAUAUAUUUUGUGUUAAAAAAAUAUAUCUCUAUAUUUUUCAAAAACAAAAUGGUGUUAAUGUUAUUUCUAUUGUAUUUAAAUAUGUUAUUUUUUCUAUAUAAUAGAGAGAUGUUACAAAUAAUUUAACUAUAGAUCUUUUUUUUUCCAAUAAUUAGAGAUCUUUAGUAUUCAGUUUUAUACUUUUCACACCAAACAAGACAAUUUGCACAAUUCCAUUAUUAUCCUCUAUCACUAAUAGACGUGAAGAAAAAAUGAGUCUUAUUUGUUAGAGCAGCAUUAUUGGGAUUUUUAAAAGGGAGUUUCUUUAAAAAAAAACAAUGUGUGAACUCCACUAAACCAUAAAAACCAGUUCCCAAAGUCAUGAAUUAAGGACCGAUUGUGGUGGUUUUUUGUACUGUUUGCGGGUUCACCGACAUGUGGCAGCCAGCGAUUGGUGCGCUAUUUAAUUUUUUUUUAAUCAGAUAAAAUUUUUUUUAAGAAACCCUUAAGUGGGUUUCAGGGAUAAUGAUGCUCUUACUCCCUCCGUUCAUAGAUUUUUUAGUAUUUUCACACAUAUUAAAAAACACAUUAAACUACCAUAAUAAAUGUAUCGUUUUCUGUAAUUUUCAAUUCUCAAUAACUUUUAACCAAUAGUAAUUUAAUAAAGUCAAUUAAUUUUUGUUUACAAUUUUUUCAUAAAAAACACAAAAAAUUACAUCUGUGUGAAAAAAAUAAAUUUUCUAAAAAAUAUAUCACUAAGGAACGGAAGGAGUAAUUAAAAAGCAUAAUAUAAAGGGUAAAUAAAGUCAAUGCUACUAUAUUUUAUCUAAUUUUCUGCAAAACGUCAUGUAAAGUGGAACUAAAAACAGUUUCAAAACGUCAUAUAUAUAAAAGCGGAGAGAGUAAGUUUUUUUAUCUGCCUCUAACUACAUAUUAUUCUUAGUCUUUCAUAAGCUAUUUAUAAUUUUGUAAUUAUAUUAUGCAUUAGAAUACCUUUUGGCUACAUACUCAUGCAAUUGUAUGACCGUUGAUUUGCAUGAUAUAAAGCUGAUUGUCUCACCCAUGAUUUUAACCUUGUACCGUGCGGGUAGAGCGUUUCUCAUUCACCCAAUUUAGUCUUCAAUCAUGGCAUAACCAGGUUGUAAAUUACAUGAGAGCAUGCUGCAUCUAUAUUCAUCGCAGUUGACAAUGUCUUGUUGAUGGUUAUGAUUUUAUAUGAAAUCAUAACACAGACAUAAACUAACAUUAAAUUCAUGGUGAUACGUUUUCUGUUAUAUUACUUCAAUGAAAUUAAUAAUUAAUGCUAGCUUAAAUGUUUUCAAAUAUAGUAGUAAAAUAGCGUUAAAUAUGUAACGUAGAUUUGUUAAUAUUAUUAAUUUAUUUAAUAGGUAACAUUUCAUCAUCCUAUCUUUCUGUUUUUGUUUUAUAUUGUUUACAAGUGUAGUACAUAUAAAAGUUUGAGUGUGAUCCUUAUCAAAGAUAGCACAAAAACCCAACAACUAAAACACAAUGGAAAUUGCAAUAUUAUUUUAAUUAGUAUGCUAAAUUUAAAAUAAUAUCUUAUAAACAAUAAAAAAUAAAAUAAAAUUCACCUAUAAAAGAGGAUAGUAAUAUAAUAUUAAUAAUCAUGGCAAUGCAAUUGGUUUCUCAUACCUUUCACCCCUUAGUUCACUCAGGCACCCCAUCAUUUUUGGUUUUCUUUAUUCUCUACCGGCACAAGAUCAACAUAAAAACAGCAGAUAUCAAUAUUUGUUUUCUUAGUACAUUGUCCAUUAUUUUGUCCGACUCUAUUUUUACUUUAAUAGCAUUUAUAGUAUCUAAUCUACUACACCAUAUUGCAUCUAUUAGCAUAUUUUCUUGCUGUUCAUUUGAGUAAAUUAUCUCCUUAGAUGGUACAAGUAUUAUAAUCUUUGACGUUUAAAUACAUGCAUGGCUUUCUCUAUACACGAAUUUUCAAAAUUGUAUUUCAAUUUCAACCAACAAAAAAAUACUAUGAUGCAAGGGAAAUGAUUAAAAUGAAUGGUCAGAUGAGACCAUUAAACUAAGACAACAAAGGAAUAUCUAAACCUGUAAUUAUAUUUUGAAGGCUCAUUUUUUUCUUAAAGUACGUUCAUAUUAUGUAUAUGUUUUUUGGUAUUAAUUUGGAGGUACUCCAGACCUAUGGAAAAAUCCAGACUAAACAGAAGGAAUAGCUCACGGCUAGAUUCUCUCUUCAUGUAUUUAAUAUAACGGGCCUAAAGCAAAGAUUCAUAUCUAUGUGAGUGUCGAAAACAAUGUGACUAAGUUUUGCGUAAAAAUCAAACCUGAAACAUGUUGGUGUUCUAAACUCGUUCAUUUAUCACCAAUUUUUUCUUGAGUUCACCAGCCAAUAAUAGUUUACCACUUCAUAUUCAGUUUUUAAAAAAAGAAACAAAAUAAUAAUAAUAAUUUUCCAAGUCAUAUUAUAUUUUCAAAAUAAAAAUACUAAUAGCUGCCAAAAGAAAGGAAAUAUUUUUAACAAUGUUAACUCGACAACAAAAUACUUAACUCUAAAUCUUAAACCUUUGGGUAAACUUUAAAUUUUUAAGUAAACUCUAAACCCUUGGGUAAAACCCUGAAGAUUUGGGUAAAUUUUAAACUUUUGGGUAAAUUCUAAACCCUAGGGUUUAGGAUCUAGGGUUUAGAGUUUUGCUGACAACAUUUAGGGCGUUUAGUGUGUAGAAUUUACCUAAUGGUUUAGCAUUUAUCCAAGGGUUUAAAGUUUAAUGUUUAUGUUUUAGAGUUUAGUGUUUUGCUGACGGCGUUAAUAUUUUUUUUUAAUUCGUUUUUUUUUUUGCAGUUACUACUAUUUUUUAUUUAUUAUAUUUAAGAAUAAUAAUAUACUUAAAUUCUUAUUAUUGUGUUUCCUUUUAAAAAAAAAAACUGAAUAUGAGAUGACAAACUAUUAAUGGUUGGUGAACCUAUGUUCACUUUAAAGAAUGAACCCAAAAAAACAUCUUUACCACCAGACCAUAAGGUCCCAUGCAUAUUUUGUAUAUGUUUUUUAAUUUUCAAUGUUAUUUUAAAAUUUUAAUAAUAAUAUGCAACGGAAAAAGGUCAGUAUUCACUCAAUGUUUAUUUGAGAAUUUGUUUCUGUAAAUUAAUACUAGCAAAUUCAGGAAAUAUAUACGCCAAAAUCAAAUGCAGGUUAGGCUCUAGAAAACCUUAAAUUAGUUUAUUUAAAUAGAUUUCCAAAUAAUGUAUAACUCAGUUCAUCUCAUAAAUAUAUAUACUAGAUGAUUUUCCCGUGCUCAUGUACGAAUAUAAUAUAUAUAAAAUAAAUAUAUAAUAAAAAUAAAUUAAUAGUCUAUUUUCAUUUUUAGAUCAUUUGUUUUUUUUCUCAGUCCCUCCAACUUUUAAAGUUUAUCAUCUAGAACUGCUGCUCUUUCUUCUAUCUUGAUGCUUGUUGUUGGCUUAAGUGCUUCAUGUUGCUAUCUUUAUAAAACGUUGUUUCACUGUAUGAUCCAUUGAUCAUAGAUUGUAUCCGUUCUUUUAAUUUUAAUUAAAAAUCAUUUUAAAGAAAUUCAAUCAUUUUAUAAUUUAUAUUAAUAAUAUUAUCUUGUUUUAAUAGACAUCUGAUUUUGGAUACAUAGCAUCUAGCCGGUUUGGUUAUCACUUGGAUAUAUUAAAUUGCAUCAAUUUCUUCGAAUUCAACCAUUAUAUUUUUUCUAAAUAUAUUAAAAAUUAUUUGUUAUUUACAUUUAAAUUGGAUUUCUCUUACAUAUGUAAAUAUAUUUUAUUACAAUUAUGGUAUAAUAUAAUAUAUAUUAUUUUGAAAAUCAAAUUGGAAAAUUAAACAAAAAUGUUAAUUGAUUCAAAAUUACACAAAUGAAUAUGAAGAUAAUAUUUUGAAAUCUCAUGCAUAUAGUUUACAAAUGAAAUAAAUUGUAACAAUUUGUUCAUAUUUUAUAUUUAUUUGUUAAUGUGUUUUUUAGUUAGAUCUUUGAUUUUGGAUAUAAAAUUUUUGAUUGGUCCAAUUACUAAUUUUGUGGGUAUAUAUAGUGACAUAUAUUUUUCAAAUUGAAGUAUAGUUAUUUUAAUUCCUGUUAAGCCAAAUUGAAUUUGAUUUUAUUUAUCGGAUUAGUUUAGUUUUUCAUCUUUGAUACUAAUAAUAUUUUUGGAUUUUUUUAGAUUAAUUAAUAUAUGUUGAUUUUCCAAAAUAUAUUAAAAAUAAAACAGUGAUAAGUAUAAAAAUAACAUAUAAAAUUUUGAAAGCGUUAAUUUACAAUAAUAAAAAUAAUUUAUCAAUUUUAAGUAAUUUUAUAUCUUAGAUUUUUAAGUAAUUAAAAAACUGACUUUUCAAAUAAUAUUAUAUAUAUAUAUAUAAUUCUUGUAAGAAAAAGAGACUUAUGAUAUUUGGGACAACAAAAUGAUAUAUUACUAUUAAGUGUAUAAUAAUCGAAUCAAUCAUCAAAAACUAUAUAAUAUAAUUGGCCAGACAGUUUUUCAUUUAACUAAAAAUUGUUUAAAAAUGUCAAAGCAUAUUAGAAUAGACAAAUCUUAAAUGUUUUUAAAAUGAUGAUAUUUUUCUUGGAACUCUUUCUCCUCUAUUUAUUGCAGUUUUCCUCCUUUCACUUUCAGGAGACAAACGAACUGAUCAUUAUUUCAUCCGUUUUUCUUCUCUUUCCCUUACCUUUCUAGCUUUUCUGUUUCAGCUUAAAGCUCGCAACACUAUCAGAGUUCUGUUUCACAGUUUCAGAACAAUGGAGGAACAAAACCAACCAGACGAUUUCUCUUCCCAUAAACAUCCAACUUUUCCUCAAGUCAUAGAAGAGCUAAAAGAGCUCUGGGCUAUGGUUUUACCGAUCACAGCAAUGAACUGUCUAGUCUACGUACGCGCCGUCGUUUCCGUCCUCUUCCUCGGCCGUCUCGGUAGCCUCGAGCUAGCCGGAGGAGCUCUCUCAAUCGGUUUCACCAACAUCACAGGCUACUCAGUCCUCGUAGGACUCGCCUCGGGACUCGAGCCAGUAUGCAGCCAAGCCUUUGGUAGCAAAAACUGGGAGCUCCUCUCGCUCUCUCUCCACCGUAUGGUCAUGAUCCUCUUGUUCGCCUCCGUGCCCAUCGGCCUGUUAUGGAUCAACCUCGGGCCCAUCAUGCUAUUCUUGGGCCAAGACCCGGAGAUAACCGCUACGGCCGCAGAGUACUGCCUCUACGCGCUUCCUGAUCUUUUGACUAAUACUCUGCUUCAGCCGUUACGGGUUUAUCUAAGGUCACAGCGGGUGACGAAACCGAUGAUGUGGUGCACGUUAGCUGCUGUGACGUUCCACGUGCCGUUGAACUACUGGCUUGUGAUGGUGAAGCGAUGGGGUGUUCCUGGUGUGGCUACUGCUUCAGUUGUGACGAAUUUGAUUAUGGUUAUGCUUCUUGUGGGUUAUGUUUCACUAAGUGGGAAGAUGCAAAAGAGUCAGGGUGUUAGUGGGUCUAUGGUGGCUACGGUGGCGGCUCAGUCCUCGGUUGUGGAGUUGGUUGGUGGGUUGGGACCGUUGAUGAGAGUGGCGGUUCCGAGUUGUUUGGGGAUAUGUUUGGAGUGGUGGUGGUAUGAGAUUGUGAUUGUGAUGGGUGGUUAUUUGGAGAAUCCUAAGCUUGCUGUGGCUGCUACUGGGAUUUUGAUUCAGACAACAAGUCUUAUGUAUACUGUUCCUAUGGCUUUAGCUGGAUGCGUGUCUGCUCGGGUUGGAAACGAGCUAGGUGCAGGUAGACCAUACAAGGCGAGACUAGCGGCAAACGUGGCUCUAGCUUGCGCAUUUGUAAUAGGAGCAUCCAAUGUGGCUUGGACCGUGGUUCUAAAAGAGCGUUGGGCAGGACUUUUCACUGGCUACGAGCCACUCAAGGUGCUGGUUGCUUCGGUUAUGCCAAUUGUUGGGCUUUGCGAGCUAGGGAACUGCCCUCAAACUACGGGUUGCGGGAUUCUAAGAGGGACAGGCCGGCCAACGGUUGGGGCACAUGUGAAUCUUGGGUCGUUUUAUUUUGUUGGGACGCCUGUUGCUGUUGGACUAGCGUUUUGGUUGAAGGUUGGGUUUAGUGGAUUGUGGUUUGGGUUGCUUUCGGCCCAGGCGGCUUGUGCAGUUUCAAUAUUGUAUGCAGUUUUGGCAAGGACAGAUUGGGAAGGAGAAGCAAUGAGGGCUAUGAGGAUGACGAGUUUGGAGAUGAGGAAAGUUGGAAAGGACGAAGAAUCAUCGUCGUUGUUGGAUGAUCGCAAUAGGAGUGAUGAGAAGUUGGGUGGUGUCUUGUAAUAAAUCGGAUCAGUUGUGGGGUAAAGCAAAGACUUUAGAGACUUAUUGUUGUUUUCGACUUGUUUAUCUUUUGUGUUUUUUAAGUGCAUUUGCUAAUUGGAAUCUUUCCUGGAAAUUAAAUCAUUUUUAAAACGUUGAAUUCUGAUUAAUAAUACUGUUUUAAAAAGGAAUAUUGGAUAUGGCAUUUUGCCAGAAAUGGUGAAAAGGAGAAUAUAAUUAAAGCUUGAAUUAAACAUUUUUGGUCAUUUAUAGCAAAAAAAAAACUUUUUUGGUCAUACUAAGCCAAACACCAUUGGAUGCAUGCAUAUAGUCCUUUAUCUUACUUUUAGUGAUAAAAACAUUUAUGUAAAUAUUAGUUGUGUAAUUAUGGAUUAACAAAUGAUGAUGAGA